CUUUCGAGAUCAAAUCUACUGACAGUAUAUUAUGAGGUUAUGUGAUUUUAACCUCAAAAAUUCCUCAUUUACAACACAUUUUUAUUUAUUAAAAACAACAUUUGCAACAUUAUGACCACAAAAAGUCCGCUAGUUUUCACACUCAUUGCCGAAUGCCACACCACAAAGGCCCGCGUAAGCCGCAUGGUGUUGCCCCACGGCCCCGUUGACAUGCCGGUAUUCAUGCCUGUUGGAACUCAGGGAACCUUGAAAGGAAUGUUGCCGGAACAGCUUGAAGAGCUCGGCCUCCAAAUCAUGCUUGCCAAUACUUAUCAUUUAGGCACAAAACCAGGUGUCGAAAUUUUGGAAAAAGCCGGCGGUUUGCAUAAAUUUAUGAACUGGAACAAUUGUCUUUUGACGGAUUCUGGGGGCUUCCAGAUGGUGUCGUUGUUAAAAUUGGCUGAAAUCACAGAGGAGGGUGUACGUUUUCAGCCUCUGAAUGACCAAAAGGCUGAAGUUAUGUUGACACCCGAACAUUCCAUUGAAAUUCAAAACGCAAUCGGGGCUGACAUAGUCAUGCAAUUGGAUGAUGUUGUCAGGACCACGAAUCCAGAUAAGGCGAGAAUUGAGGAAUCUGUGCACAGAACGACAAGGUGGCUUGAUCGGUGUUUGCAAGCGCACAAAAAACCGGACACCCAAAGCAUUUUUCCAAUAGUACAAGGGACCCUCUAUGAGGAUUUACGUGAGAUAAGCGCCAAAGAUCACAUCAAGAGACACGUCAAUGGAUAUGCCAUUGGUGGUCUAAGUGGAGGUGAAAGUAAAGACGAUUUUUGGAAAAUAGUCCACUUAUGUACCAAUAUUUUACCAAAGGACAAACCCCGCUACUUGAUGGGCGUUGGCUUUGCCGAAGAUUUAGUAAUUUGUUGCGCCUUAGGUUGCGACAUGUUUGACUGUGUUUUUCCAACAAGGACGGCGAGGUUUGGUUGUGCAUUAACGAGGACAGGUCAACUCAAUUUAAAGAAAGAAAAAUUCAAAAAAGACUUCAAACCUAUUGAUGAAAACUGUCCCUGUAAAACGUGUAAAAACUACACCAGAGCUUAUCUGAAUGGUGUUGUGACAGUGUACCCAUCAGCCUGUCACCUAAUCACUGAACAUAACGUGGUCUUUCAAAUGCGUUUGAUGAAAGACAUCAGAGAGAGUAUCAAGCAAGACAAGUUCCCCGAAUUUGUGCGCAAAUUCAUGUUGGACCUUUAUCCAAAUAAGGAGUAUCCUACUUGGGUUAGGGACUCGUUAAGUGCGGUCAACAUAAGCCUAACGGUAUAAGUAUUAAUUUAUUUUAUACAAUAAAUAGAAAAAAAGAA